ACAUUGAGUGGGAAGAGGCAGCUGAUUGUUUAUGGAGGAACGUUUAGUUGAAAAUUUAUUUCAUUUCAAAGGCUCAGUGAUCGUUAACCUGAUGGAGAGCGGUAGCCGGUCGUGGAAAUGUGUAAACGCUCGCACUCAGAAUGUCACAUUACAGAUUGUGGGGAACAGAAUAAAGAAAAUUCACGUGGCAGCAUCUCCAGUGUCCGGUAUCUCAUAUUGCGCCUGAACACGACGCAGAAUUGUCGGGACUUCGAGGCUGUUCCGGCUACGAGAGCAACGUUUGAUGUUAGUUAUUUUGAUAGUUGUUUAGUGAUAUCCAAUUGAACUGAAGUCACCGGAAUGUUUGUAGCAUGUGGUCCCGUCCGUGCUGCCUCCGAGCCGAGGUGAAAGGUCAGACUGUCAAAUUGGAUGAAUCCGAUUUGAUUUAUACAAGGGGGAACCCGGAUUGUACUAAGCGGGGUAGAGGACAGAGGGUUACCCAAAACAGCAGUUACUGUGGUUACAGUGAAUAAAGUGAAAUUAACACUUUACUUCAUCUUGUAGUAAAUGUCAUAGCAAUCCCUGUGAUCAUGUUCAUGUGCGUGUACAGUAAAUGGAGUCAAAGUUAUUGUGUACAGGCCACCACGUCUCAUCCAUGACUUCUUUAAAUGUCACUGUGGAGGGUGCUGGGUCAAGGGAAAAGAAAAAUAUCUGGAGCAAAAUGAAUCUUGCUAGAGUCGGUGGGAGGGUAUGGGGGGACUACUUGACAACUCAACAAGACUAGUAGACUACUUUACACAACUAGACGAGACUACUUGACAAAACUAUCAGACUACUAUUCACGACUACUAGACAACUACUAGUCCACUUGACAAGACAACUAUACAACUCGACCACUAUACUAUACUAAUACACUAUUAUACUAAUUAAAUGACUAUGGACACUAAUUUACAUUAUAAAAAUAAAAUCCUUGACGAGUAAUCACAACACAACAAAAAACUUGAAUUUAUUAAGCCUAUAUUUUGACAGAGCAGUGGAGAUCUGUUUUCGAUAGAUGGCCAUGCAGACCCCGAUGAUGUAACAGCAUCUCCCGUCUCACCAAAGAUCAACAACACAUACAGAUCUCUCACUCUGACGCUCUAUAGUGGUACAGCAACAGUCAUCACAGUCUAAAUUACCGCAGCACGAACUAACGACUAUUUUCACACAGCAAUAAUUUCCAUCAAUUGUACAAAAUGUACAAAAUACUGAAAAGUGCACGAUUUAAUUUCUACAGUGUUAUAAAAACGGGAAAACAAUAUCAACAUAAGUCAUUUAGCUAAACUAAGUCAAAAUAACCUCGCUAUCUAUCAACGAAGUGCACAGCAUGUGUUUUACCAAGAAUUAUUUAUUGGAACAAAGCACAUAUAAAUUACAUAACUACGUUAUUUACAUUUCGGGCCAAAAUCAUGUCGAGUUGGUAUUGUUUUUUUCCACUGAGUGACACAUCGCUUUGUCGAAAACGAUCUUCGGGCCACACGCCCAGCCUCAGCACCAGCGCAUCCUUUCUUUACGUGUUUUUUGACACCCCUCUCUCCGCACCGAGACUAGACGAAACCACGGUAGGGAUGAGGCCUUCACGAUAAAGACACACAUUGCUGGACCUCGUUCUUCUCCUCCCGAGUUCGCUUCUCGCGGUCCGUUAUGUCUUUGAGCCCGCUCCCCCUCUCGCCAUGCCCGCCGCUGAACGCUACCUGCCGCCGCCGCCGCCGCUGCUCUUUCUGCCGUCGUUGCUUUUGAUUUCCUGCCUGGAUGGGGCGGUGAGAGCAGCGGAGGGCGGCGGCCUGCCCUCCUCGCCCGGGGACAAUGGAGUCAUCGCUGCGGUUGGAGACCCGUCUCCUACAUACCCGACCGACCCGGGGCGAUUUCUCAGCCCCUCGGCUCUGAUAGCAGAGUCGCAGUUUGCUCUAAAAGUCCUGGUGAGGGAUGUGGUGACCCGCCAGCCGCUGUCGGGGGCUUCGGUGGAUGUUUACGUGAACCACACUCUGAGGAGCUCUGACCGAACGGGGGCGAGAGGCGAGGUUCUGCUCUGGGUGGCGUACAGUCCGGGCCUCAGGCUGACAUUACUGGGCAACAUGGAAGGCUACGUCCCCCGCCCGCUGCCGUGGAGCACCAGCAAGAGACCAAUUUUCUCUGCUGUGACCCUGCCGCUGCUCCCUCACAGUCAGGGGAACGUCUGGCUGUUUGAAGACUCAGUGCUCAUCACUAGAAAGCUACCUGACAGUUCAUCCCAGCCUAAAGUUAAAUUCCCCAAGAACCUCCUCACAAUCUCUGAUAAGAGCAACGUCUCCUCAGUGACAGCGUAUCUGACUGUACCACAGCACCAUCUAGCUAAAGACUGCGCCAACUGCACUCCAGGCAUCAUCAGCAACAAAUCAGUGUUCAGAAGCAUCGAGCUGAGGCCGGCGGCAGCCGUCAGCGUCCUGCUGUACUCGGGUGACGAGGAGCUCCGGGUUCGUGGGCCCAUUCAAAUCAGUCUGCCUCUGGGACACAACACCUUCCUCCGGGCUUCUGAUACCGUCCCAGCCUGGGCCUUCAACCUAAAGACGGGUGCCUGGGAGAAUCAGGGUCUUGGAAUAGUGAAAACUGUUGGCAAUGAACUGGUUUGGACUUACACCGCUUCCCAUCUUGGCUACUGGAUCGCCGCAGUACUGCCCUCCUCAAACGAUUAUCUGGGACAUGGAAGCACUAUGGAUUUCAUAUCAUACCACACCUACUUGUUAAUUGGAAUACUGGGAGGAACGCUGGCUAUAGUAAUCGGAUUACUUUCCUUGCUGCUGUGUCACUGCGGAGGGUCUCAUCGAGAGCCCAGGAGGAGGAGGAGGAGGAGGAGAGCGCGCUUUUCUAAACUCGCAGUUUUGAAAAAAGACCAAACUACCUCCACCCACACGGAGGAGGGUUUGUUGUUCCGAUCCGGUGACAACAGCCUCGCCUCCUGCAGUGUCCAGUGUGAACCCUCGUCCACGCCGAGGCACAAAGCCAACUACAAUAUCUAUGUGGAGGAUCCAGGGUGUCGCCCGGCGGCUCCUCUUUAUAAGAACAUCGCUUCAGAUCGCAUCAAAGGUCCCCAGCAGCCACCUCACUACAUCAACGGUGAAGAUGUGGCUCGGCUUCGGGAGAGGUCAGAGCAAAACCGCGCCAACAUGAACGACAACUUCUUUCAAGAUAAGCUGGUUCAUAUCUAUAACCGGCCGGUGGCCAUUAUUCAGGCCCCAGAGCUUUUCGGUGCUCAGGAGCAGCAACCGUCGGGCUGCAAGGCUGCCACUUUCCCCCGCAAUGGAGUCGAGUAUGAUGCUCACUCCGAGCCUGCAAGUAAAGACGGCUACACCCGGACACUACCCAAAGUCCCUCACCAUCACUCCCAGGGUGGAAGCAGCACACAGCGGAGCAGCCAAGAUGAGCCUCAGCCUCUGGAGACCCAAGGCCAAGGCCCUAACACUAGUGUGUGGGGACGCUACAGUAAUCUCCUCGAAUCAUCCGUUUCUGUACCUGGAACUCUAAACGAGGCAGCUGGUAUGGAGGCUUUCAGCAGUGGGCACGGUGUGCCCGGUGAGCUGCAGGGGAUCUCGGAGCGCACGUUACUGGAGCUGACCCGGGGCAAGUCUUCAUCAUCUCACCCCAGGGCCUGGUUUGUCUCAUUAGAUGGGAAGCCGGCUGCACAGGUCCGCCAUUCCAUCAUUGAGCUCCAGAGCCGCCGCCGCCCGCCGAGCAGCAACGACACCAGCCUGGACUCAGGGGUGGACAUGAACGAGCCUCAGCAGAACAUCCGCGAGACAGAGCGUGACGGGCCUUCGAUCAGGGCGUCCUCUUUGCCACACCGCAGCCGAGGGGGGCGGUGUGGCGAAGAACAGGACCUGAGCAGUAGUGAGAGUGGCAAUACUGCUACCUGUACACCAGAGGACCCUUCCCUGAGGAACAUUUUAGACGGGAGCAGCGGGGCUAUUCCCGAUAUUCCCGAGGAGCGCGAUGGGAUGGAUACAUCUAGCGCUCAGGAGGACAGUGAGUCGAGAGGUACGCCACCUCCACGGCGCCUGAGGAAGGUGAGGGAAAAGGGGAAGACGGAAAAGAGGAGUGCCAAGCACGUCCGUGAGGGGAGACCUCUGACAAAGAGAAGUUAGGGGAAUGGCUGAUUAUUGCAUACACCCAGACGAGCGUUCAAAUUUUCAUUUAAAUGUUCUAUCAGCCAUUUGACCCGUAUUGAGCUUCGUCACAUGGUGUCAUAAGUGCUGAAUGAUCCAAAUUAGUUUUUGCCACUUGUGCUCACACAGGCAUUGUUGUUGUUAAGUUAUGUGAUUGUACAACUUUGCCAAAGAAUGCGUAAGCUAGCUAAAGAGAUAAAGCAGGAUCUAUGUCAUGUUGAAGCAUUAUGUAGCUGCUGUUAGACAAGUUUGUGCACCAUGUUUUCCUCAUCCUCCCCGAUCUGAAGAUCACCAGCGAGAUUCUUCACAGCAAAAUGUCCGUGUGAACACGUUAUCCCAUAGUCCCCGGUACUGGCAUUAAAGAGGGUGCCUUCUUACUGCCUGUAAUCAGAAAAUAUGAUUACAUAAGGCAUGGUAUUUGUCUACAUUUAGUCAAAUCUGGUAAGUUUGCAGGAAGGACACAGAUACAGGUCAAUGUGUAGUGCGCUUAUCCUCACCGUAAAUGCCUGCUGUAAAUGAAAUAAGAUACAGAAGCUUUCCCCGUUUGUCGUGCUGACAUCUUGUUUUGAUCAUCUUGACUCAUUUCACUUAGAAAGACACUCUGGGGUUCACAAAGAGAUUCGGUUAUGUCAUUAUCAGAAUCGGCUCACACAGAAAAAUGAAUAAGAAAAUAAAAAAAAGUUUUUAACUCAUGACAUAAAAUCAGAUUUGCUAACAAUCUGAUUGUGGGUGAAAUAAUUUAGUUUCCACUUUCCGCCUGCGGCUGACUCCAACCUCGGACCCUGACGGAUUUUGGAGUAAAACACUGGUCUACAUUGUAAAGCUAAGCUGCCAUUUGACCACACUUGAUAUUCAAAGCUGUAAGCCUACAGUUGUUUAAGAACGCAUGAAAACGGAUGUUUCCUCGUGUGUACGAAAAUAUUUUGCAUUUUACUUUAGGGCUAACUUUAGGGUUACGUCAUCAUAGCUGUUCGAUUACUUGGUGAUUGGAUGAUUCAUUUCAUUAAAAAGGAGACUCAGUGUUGCGCUCCCAAUGGUGAGUUACUGUUACAACAAUAACACCCCGGACUUACACUAUGAGAAUGGUUAUCACAACGCAAGAAUCACAUGGACAGAUCCAAAUAACACAAUUAUUACCCACAUCCAGGGGCACCACAGCAAUUGGCACUUAAAAAAUGGUAAUGUUUGCUUUAUGAGAUUCAUUUUUUGUGACUGGGAAGUGUCUGGCAAAUCAGAUUGCUUGUCUGAAGAAACCCAUGGUACAACAAGUUAACAACUGUUAACAGCCUAAUAAAAACAGUAAUUGCUGAUUGCUUGGAGGGGUGCUGUUAAAUUGCGUACAACUGCACUGCUGUGCGGCAACAAUUUGAUACAUGAGGUAAAUGUUCACAAUUUAUAGUCUUAAAUGAAGAAGCUGAAAGCCUCUCACUUGGCAUCCCAAUGCAUGCAUUAUUAUUAUUUUUGUUUUUAAUAACUGGACUGCUGGUCGUGUACAGUAUUAUCCCCUGCAACUAUGUUCUUGAUAACGUAAACAGCCGGUGCCUUGUAGAUUUGCUUUUACCACCUAUUUCCCUAAAACUCUUGAUACUGAUCCCGACAAAAAAUAUGUUUAAUUGCUGAUUAGUUUGGCUACCUUUUUUUUUUUUUUUUUUUUUUUUUGCUUUGAGCGGCAUAAACUGAAGACAGAAUGACAGUUUUAAACAGAUUUUUCAAAUGAAAGUAACUAUAAGAUGGACUGUUCAAAUUUUGUUCAUUCAUGUCCCGCACAGGAUUCAUUUUUAUCUUUUUUGGUGAUCCCUUUCCUUGCCAUCAUCAGGUCAACAUUUCAGUGAAUACUUCAUUCCUGGCAGCCUCAACUGUACUUGUGUUAAGUCUUAUACUUGUGUACUUUGUGUUUAGUGCUAAUUAGCAAAUGAUCGCAUGCUAACGUGCUGAAAGAAGAUGGUGAACAUGGUAAACCUUAUGUUGGCAUGCUGACAUUAGCAUUAAGCUCAAAGCACCACUCUGACUAAAUACAGCCUCGCAGAGCUGCCGGCACGGCUGUAGACGCAUAUUCUUGCUUGGGUUUAACAAAAUUUUUAACAAUUAUUUAUACAGACAUGUUUCACUUAAGUAAAAUGUCAAACAACAAUGUCACAUGUAUGCCUGCCUUUCAUAUCUGUCCUCUACCAAUUGAUAUGGCAGCUUUUGUCUUGAGUCAAAUAAAGCACACCACACUUUAAUAUGUGCCCACUUGUUACACUGGCACACGACAUUCCCAGAAACGUAUGAAAUCUUCAGUGUGUAAAUAUUACAAUGAUUACAACAAAGAAAACCGAUAUCAUUGCCUGUAUGUGAUAAAGUUUGGCAAAAAAAAGAAAAAAAAACUCACCAUGAAUACCAGAAAAUGAUUGCACUAGCAAUAUUUAUCAUAAAUUAAAAUUUAAAAACAAACUCUGCAGUGACAGUUUUGCCAUAUUUAGUCUUCCGUCACAGUACUAUAGUGUGUUUUUGUUUCUAUGUAUAUAGUAAAGCAGCAUUUUAUGUAUUAUGUGACUGUGACUUCAUUUAAUUUGGGCUGUUCUUCCAUCUAACAGCAAAGGUCUGCGAGGUGCAUCGCUGCUUUUCACUGAACGAUUGAAUGACAGAGUUUUUAAGCAACUGUCAUUUGAGAUGUGUUAUCAAUGUGAAUUCUUUUAAGGUUAGUCUAAAGAGUGAGUGUCUUUUCAUGGGAGUGUACAAAAAGCCUGAGCUUUGUAUUUUUUAAAUGUAGCAACAAGUUGAGCACUUAAUCAUUCAGUAUGCUAACAAAUGAAAACACUCCUGCUCUCCUGCUAUCCUUCAGCUUGAAAACACAGUAUAUCCCAGCUUCAACAGCAACAUGAGGAGUACGGUAGUUUGUGAAUACUUUGUGCUGAUCAUUUUUGAAAGCAAAUCAAACCUACUGCCACUCCCAUUUCAAAGUGAUCUCUCUGAAUGUAUUUGUAUUGAUUUUUAAUGUGUUCUAUAGUGUGCUCCUCUUGUGUCUAGCCAUUGAACCUCACAGGCUUUUGUUUCUUCCAAAAUGGGCACCUCUUGUGUUUACCUCUGUAAUAAUGGUAGUGUUAUUAGUCUUGCCUUUUUGUGCACUAACUUAAUAAACUUACUUGAUACCAA